AUGCCAUCGCCACCACAGCCCGCAUCUGCAGACACCGGGUACAUCACUGAACCAAGUCCUUUAGAGAAUACAUACACAUCGGAUACAAGCUUACAGCGUGCUUUGAAAUGGUAUCUCCCAUCCACAACACUCGCAUCCGUAGAAGUACACUUGAGCCGCCUCGGCGCCGAGGCGAUCUCCGACCAGGUUCGGGAGUGGAGUGCUGAUGCUGAACGGAAUCAACCUUAUGUCAAGAGCCACAAUGUCUGGGGAAAACGAUAUGACUAUGAACGACUGAUCACUACUGAAGGCUGGAAACAGCUCGGUCACUGGGGAGCUCGCAAUAAGAUCGUCUCCGCAGGUUACGACCUGACUCUGGGAUUGGAACGGAGGACAGUCCAAUAUGCACUAAACUACCUCUACGCACCUUCUUCGGGUCUGUACUCCUGUCCGAUUAGCAUGACAGAUGGAGCCGCUUUCAUUCUCUCAUCGAGGCUUCAUGAUUUACAUCCUACGCAUCCAUUUCAUACUGCUUACAAACAUCUGAUUUCUGAGAAUGACAAUCAUUGGACUUCGGGUCAGUGGAUGACAGAGAGGGCUGGAGGAAGCGAUGUUCAAAACACGGAAACUUGGGCAACGUACUCUCCUCUGACGAAAUUAUCCAAUCAAGACCCUCUCGGAGACGGGGAUUACUUGAUCAAUGGAUUCAAGUUCUUCUCGUCUGCCACUGAUGCUCAAGUGGCUUUGUUGCUGGCCAAAGGUCCUUCGGGGAAGCUUAGCACUUUCCUGGCACCUCUACGAAGGACAGUAUCCGGGGACGAUGGUACAACUCGACAGGUUUCUAAUGGUGUGAGAAUCCAUCGGUUGAAAAAUAAACUUGGAACAAAGGAACUACCGACAGCUGAACUGGAGCUGACGGAUAUGCGUGCCCAUCUGGUGGGGGAGAUUGACCAGGGAAUAGUCACCAUUGCGCCUCUACUUAAUGUGACCCGCAUUCACACGUUCAUCGGGUCUCUGUCUGGCUGGCGUCGUGCGCUCAGUAUCACGAAAAGCUUUGCAAAAGCUAGAUCGACCGUUGGAGAGCCCCUUUGGUUGAUUCCAAUGCAUCUGCGUCUUCUUGCUGACUUGGAAGUUAGACAUCGUGGCGGUUUGAACCUUGGGUUCUUUACGGUCGCCGUGAUGGGACUCGUUGAGAACAAGGUGUCUCAGCCAUCAGAGUUGGCACAUAUGCCUCGUCCUGGCAAAGAGGCCAAUGUCGUGUUCAGAACACUGACAGCCACUACAAAAGCCGUUGUCAGCAAGAUGUCGAUUGCUGGAAUUCAGGAAUGCCAAGAAGCUAUGGGCGGUGUUGGCUACAUGGAUGAAGCAGAUGAGCCUGAAUUCAACAUUUCAAGAAUUCUUCGCAACACCUCGGUGAACUCGAUUUGGGAAGGCACGACUAAUGUCCUGGCCAGUGAAACUGUUCGUUUCCUCUUAAGAUCGGAAAACAUGAACAUUUUCGCAGCAUGGUUAGACCGCAUCCUAGCUUCACUGCACACUUCAAGUUUGCGUGAUAGCUUGACUGCCGCUUGGUCCAAAUUACGAGCUCGGUUCCCCUCAAAAAAUAAGGCACCGACUGCAGUCCUUGCUGAUGCCCGUCGCUAUAUGUUCACGCUCGCCUGGAUCAUGUGUGGCGCACUCUUGGCCCUCGAUGCCGAAAGAGACCAAGAUGGCGUGAGCAUGGAGAUUGCGCACCGCUGGGUCCUCAAGGCCGAAGGAGGUGUCGGCGAUUCUGUUUUCCAUGAUAUUGUCACCGUCAGAGACCAUGGAGUUGUUGAUGCGGACGGUGAAGAUCAUCUACAAUGGGAUUGUCGUCUUGCAUGGGGCUGUGAACUGCCGGCUCACCGGGCAUCUGGCCACAGGUCUCUGCAAAGCAAUAGUUCGAAGCUGUAA